AUGUUCCUUGACAAAAUAAAACCAACUACAGAAAUAAACGACGCAAGACUGAAAGAUUGGGUAAAAGCUUUCCCAUUCACAAAAGAUAUAGUUGGUAACAUGGAAAGAAAACCAGAAUGGCUACAAAAACAUAUAUUUGGAAACGAGCUUAUUCCAUAUGGACAGGCACUGUUUGAAGAGCUUGAACCGGAAACUCAGGAAAGAGUCAUGCAAACAAUACGCGAAGACUCAAAUACAGACUAUGACAAACUCUUUCUAGGAUAUAGGUUACCUGAGAUGGGCGACCAGAGCCAAAAGGCAAAAAGGACAUGGGAAAUUUGCAACAUACUAGAUGAACAUAAUGCAAAGAUGCAACAACUUCAAGCAGAGGGCAAUGAAGGAAAAAGAAGAGUUAAAAACUCAGUCAGGAAGAAAGUAAAGCUUGGUCCACGUGGGUUCUAUUAUGACAUAUAA